UUAGGCAAUUACUUAACCCAUUAACCCUAAACCUCCUACUCCCGCGACCUCUCUCUUUCUCACCUGCCGACCAUUCACCGUCUUCACUGGCCGACCAUUCCCUGUCUUCUCGUCAUCGUCGGCUUCUUCUCCGAUUAACAUUUUCAUUGCACCAAUCAAGAAAAUCUGUUCCUUUAUGUAAUUGAGUAGAAGAGUGUCUGAUGCAAUGGAUCUCAAACCAUUCAAGCUCGACAUUGAUGAUCUAAUAAAUGAAUUCGCAAAGGGUGAAGCAACGACUUUGGUUGAUAUGAAGAGGAUAUGGCUCUCUAAAAAGUUUUCCUUCAUUUUUGAGGCUUGUCCUUCUACAAACUUGGCUUUCUUUAUGCAGUCAUUGUAUGCGCAUUCGAUUGGUUACACGGUCUCAGCUCUUUCUCUAUCACAUAGACUGGGUGGGCUCUAUUGCCUUUACUGCCUUUAUGAGACUCAACCAUUCAAACCUCCUUUCAAAAUUUAUUUAUCACUUGGAGAGCUAAAGUCUCUCAAGAACCUUGUUGUUGAUGCAAAAGGAAGAGGCAUAAAAGUAGUAUCUGCUUUGAUAAAAAAAAUGCUGGAAAGGAACAUCUUCCUAUUUGGGUUUGUGGACAAAAAUGAAGGCUCUGUAACAGAGAGGAUAAAUGAACUCACAGAGAUACAGAAUGCCCGCAUUCAAGUAGCAUAUAAGAAGUUAUUUGCGAAAUCUCGGAUUGAGCACUUCAUCCAUAUGGACUUGGGUAAAGAACUUGAUGUUGAUGCGGUCAAGAAGAUGUCAAAGGACUAUGCAGAGGCAAAGAAACUAGCCAUCAAAGGGGCUAGCGAGGUGGUGGAUGUCCAAAACAUAAGACACAUAGCAGAAAACGAGAGAUUGAUUGGAGAUGUGGUGGAGAAGACUGCUAAUGAUUGGAAUGUCCAGAAAGAAAUGUUGUAUGAACAAACAGGACUGAACCAGCAGCUUGCUAUAGAACCUCUAAAUGAUGAAGAUCAUGAAAACUUUGAAGGAAUGGAAAACAACAAGAAUAUUGAACAGGAAGAAUGUGAAAACUAUGAACAGGGAGACAUUGAAAACUUUGGUGAGGAAAUAGAACAGCUACUAUCUGAAGACUCAUAAUUUAUAGCUGCAAAGAGGUUAAACUGUAAUCUGAAGUCGCAGACAGGACACGGAUCCUUCUAUACAGUUGAGCGUAGUGCUUAUAAGGGAGUACUCAACAAUUGCUGAGUGCUGUUUGAUCAGACUUGUCUUCGGGACAGAAAUGUGAAUUCCCGAUUAUUUUUUUUUAUAGGAGUCGAGCUUAAGGUUGUUUUGGUCAACUGUUUUGUGAUGCUCUUCCAUGUAAAUUUAGAAUUUUUUACUCAUCCAAAAAGCAAGCAAAGGGGAAAAAAGAAGGAUGUAGUUGAAAACUACGAUAUUACUAUUUUUUGUAUAGAUUUUAAAAGGUUGUUUGGAAGUUUAUGGAAAUUUUGCAUUUAGCUCAAUCGUUAUUGUAAUGAACAUUUACUCAAUUUCUGAGUUCAAAACUAGUUGUGUCAUC